GAUGGGUUUAUCUGUGACAUUAAUAUUAACGGUAUGUUUCUUACCGUUCAUAAUCAACGACUCACUACCAACGAAUUAUGAAUAUUUCACGUCCGACGGGAUCAGCUCUGGUCUGUCAGUGGACCAGCCUUAUUUCACCCUCAACGGCAAGAACUUUUCCGUCUACAGCGGGGCCAUGCAUUAUUUUAGAGUCCCCAGGGCUUAUUGGAGGGACAGAAUGAAGAAAAUAAGGGCAGCCGGCCUGAAUACCAUUGAGACUUACGUGGCAUGGAACUUGCACGAACCCUAUUCGGGUGUGUACGAUUUUGGUGAAGGCGGAUCUGAAAUGGAAGACUUUCUGCAUAUUGAGGAACUGUUACAGACGGCGCAGGAAGAGGAUCUGUUUGUCAUUCUGAGACCAGGACCGUACAUCUGCGCUGAGUACAACUAUGGGGGGUUCCCAGCUUGGUUGCUACGGGAAAAAACAACCGGAUUCAGAACAAACGAAGCCACCUACAUAAAAUAUGUGAGGAGGUUCUUGGAAAAGCUGUUUGCUGUCGUAAACAAACAUCAGUUCACAAAAGGAGGCUCUGUCAUUGCUUUCCAAAUAGAAAACGAAUAUGGAACCGCAUGGCCUAGAGAAAAGGCAUAUCUUGAGUCCCUCCACCAGAUCUUUUUAGAUAAUGACAUAGUGGAGCUGUUGUUAACGUCGGACAGCUGGAAAGUGCAAGGAACAGAAGGCACCAUAGAUGGAGUCUUCCAGACUGUCAACUUGAAAGCCGAACCUGAGGAGCAGUUCAACAAGAUCUUGAAAAGACAACCAAAUAAGCCUGUUCUUGCUAUGGAAUUCUGGGUUGGAUGGUUUGAUUAUUGGACCAAUGCUCAUCAUACUACUGAAACUAGCACCGUAUUGGAGGUCUUGACUCGUAUUUUGGAAUUCCCAGCUUCCUUCAACAUCUACAUGUUCAUAGGAGGUACGAAUUGGGGUUUUACCAAUGGAGCAUCUCCUGGUAAGUGA